AUGAGAGCCCUGCAAUCUGCCCUGGUGGGUGCCGUCCUGACCCUGCUGAGCCUUGCCAACCCCAGCCAUGGAGAAUCCUACUUUGGGGACAGUUACUGCAGUAUCCAAACCUUCCAAGAUGUCUCCAGCUUCCAUGUGACACUACAGAUGAAGACAAGUCGGAGAAGUGGCCUACUACUCCUGGCUGCUGGAAUGGAGGAUUACUUGUUUAUUGAGCUCCUCAAUGGAAAAAUACGGGCUCGGAUGAACAUGGGUGGAGGCGAAGUGAUUCUGACGUCGUCACAAGGUCUCCAGCUGAACAACCUUAUGGAGCACAAAGUUGCCCUCACACUGCAGGAUACCAAGCUCACCAUGACAAUCGAUGAGCUCUUCUCCACAUAUGUUCCUGUCAACGAUGAUGGAGAGGAACUGAACAUUGACCAGGGUAUUUGGAUAGGAGGAACUGGAGACCUUGAUACUCCCUACCUCAGCAAUGCUAUUCCACCAUUCCGUGGCUGCAUGAGUAAUGUCAAAUUCGAAUCCCAUGAUUUUGAUAUUCUCGGCACACUCUUUAAACAAUGCCAUGACACAAAGGAAUCCUGCAGUAGCGAGUUUGAAGCAGGUGACGGAGAGGCGACCAGUUUCAGCACUCCUGAUUCUUUUGUCUCCUUUCCCACUUGGAGUGGGGCUAGCGGUGCACCAAGAGUUUUGGAAUUCCUUAUGAAAACCACCAUUGAGGAUGCCCUUCUUGCAUUUCAUCCUGGGAGAGAGAAAGACUUCAUCGCUAUUGGUGUAGUGAAAGGAUACCUUAAAGGUGUGCUAGACUACGGCAAGGGCAUGGAGGUGUUGGAGAACAAUGUAGUGCAGCUGGACGAUGAUCAGUGGCACAGAGUUAAGAUCCAAGUCAGUCAGGACUCAUUUGACAUUAACAUAGAUAGCCAGAUAGUUUCCCUUCCUCUUGAUUCAACUCAACAGUUAGACCUGGUGGGAAAUUUGUAUUUAGGUGGUAUUCAGGCUAAAAUGAAGGAUGUCUUUCGUGAGAGUGACUUAUUAAAUCGAGUAGAAGAAGAGAUGACUGCAGAAUCUUUCAUUGGAUGCUUCGGGGAGAUCAAAGUCAAUCAGAAAGAUAGAAGCCUGCAGGACGCUCUGGUGACAAAAGAUGUUCAUGUCAAAUGUGAAGGAGAGGACUAUGAUUAUUCCAGUUAUUAUGACACAGACACAACAACGACAUCCCCACCGCCUCGCACCCGAUACGUUGAUAUUGAAACUACAGAGCCACGUUGCUACCCAACAGACGACAUGCCUGCAAUUUUCAGAAACGUGACAAAGCUCCUUGAUGUGAAACCGUUGCUAGUGACAGAAGGUGGAGAGGUUUUUCUUGACAUCGACCACCUGAGCCCGACCUUUGACUUAAGUGCUGCCGGAAUGCGUCAGUCCCAGAUCAUCUUUUCCCUCAAGACUGACCCAUGGUAUGGUCUGCUUGACAUGAAUAUCAACACAAAACGCACACAAAAAUUCACCCUCCUGGAUGUAGUCAAUCAGAAAAUCAAGUAUAUGCAUGACGGACAUGAAGUACAUUCUGAUCGAAUUCACCUGGAGGUGGUGGCUAGCAGUAAUGGCUACCUUCCAGAAUGUCUUAAAACACCUCAAAGCUAUGUGUUACCUGUUGAAAUCAUACCUGCUGGUGACAUUCCACAACUAAGUGGAGGAGAAAUCACCAUCACAAAGAAUGGUAGGACUCGCUUAAGCCCGGACCUUAUCAGAAUCCCAGAUUCCGAUACCCGUUGUGACAGCUUAGUGUUAAGAGUGACGUCUGAGCUUUCCGUGGAAACUGGAUAUCUUGAGAAAGGUCAGGAACCAGAAGGAUUGAUCACAGAGUUCACUUGCAGGGAUCUAAAGGAAGGGAAUAUCUAUUAUGUGCACAAAGGAGGCCAAGCAAAUGCAAUUACAAUGGAAGUAUCAGACGGUCAAUCUGUCAGCCAAGCGACAACUUUUAAGUUGGCUUUGACACAGCCACAUAUGACUGUUGUCACCAACACUGGCCUUCUCCUGGCUCAAGGCAGCAACGCCUCUAUCGGUGUUCACAAUUUGGCUGUUCUCACCCAUCCUCGUAAUGGAGAUGUCAUUUACAAAAUCAUGCAACCACUCAUAUAUGGGGAAGUGAAGAUCAUGAUGAGUGAUGGGAUGUUGAAACCAGUCACAGAGUUCCAACAGUCUGAUCUGAAUCAAAACUCUCUAAGGUAUUUCAGCACAGAUUCCAGCAACCAGGAAGAUGUUGUUGUUGAACUGAUUCAGUUUGACAUACAUAUGGGAGCAUUCUCCCUCAGGAAUAACACAUUUUUAGUUAAGAUCAUGCCGUCUCCAGUGAAACUGUCUACCCUAGUGCCAAUGGAGAUGCAGGCAGGUGAAGAAUUAACAAUCGGACAUACUGAGCUUCAAGCUGAAGUGAAAGGCAGGAACCCAGAUCCAGAAACUGUCAAAUACAUCCUUGUCAAGCCUCCGACCCUAGGCAGUCUCAUGCUAUUAGACACGGAGUUGAAUGAAGGUGAUACUUUCACCCAGAGAGACAUUAUGGACAAUUACAUCAACUACAGAGUUCUAGUAAGAAGAUCGGUUGACAGUACUGAUCAAUUCCAGUUCAAAGUCUUUGCAGAAGAUCAGUACUCGCCUUUAUACACAUUCCCAAUCAGUAUCCUGGCUGAUUCUGAUGCCCCAGUUUUGACCAAUGAGGUGCUAACAGUCCUACAUGGCAGCGAGCAAGUUUUAAACAAAAAAAACCUUUGGGUGGAUUCAAUUGGCUCUUCCGGUUAUAUGUACCAGAUCAAUCAAGAACCACAGCAUGGGCGACUCAUAAGGGAUUCCCCUCCAGGGCAGCCUCGAUUCGAUGGAGCAAUUCGAGUGUUCAGUAAUGAAGACCUCGAACUUGACAGACUUAUAUACCAGCACGAUGGUUCGAAUACUGAUAGUGAUGAAUUCCAUUUCACAGUAUUUGAUCAGGGAGCAGACAUGUUUGGGGUUCAGGCAACAAUAAGCGACGUUUUCAGGAUAUCGAUCCGAAGCAAGAACGAACAUUCCCCACUGCAGGUUGUGGAUAAAAUAUUCAACGUGGUUCGCCACGGACAGCGCCUCCUGACAACUGAUGAUAUUCAGUUCAAGGAUGAUGACGCAGGUUUUAAUGACUCACAGAUAAUAUAUGCUCGCGAGGGUAUACUUUCCGGCAAUAUUGUUGCCGCGCAGAAUCCCUCACAAUCCCUUUACCGUUUCACCCAAGCUGACCUGCGAGAUAAAAAGGUUCUCUUUAUUCACCAAGGAGCGGAUCAAGAGCGUUUCCCUCUCCAAGUGUCUGACGGCUUUCAUAAAACAACUGCUAUUCUACAGAUACAAGCCAGUGAUCCCUACCUGCGAGUUGUGAAUAACACAAUCAUUGUCAUUGACCACGGGAGCACCAAGACAUUCGACACAACACUGCUAAGUGCUGAAUCCAACAUAGAUAUCAGGGAUGACAGUGAAAUUAAGUUUCACGUGACAACACCCCCCAGUGAUGGCAGGGUAAUUGUUAGCGGGAUUGAGGCAAAAAUAUUCAGCCAGGAGGACCUGAAAAAGGGCGUUGUUUCCUAUGAACAUAAUUAUGAAAGCCUGAAGUCUAAGGAUGCCUUCAGCUUCAGAGUCCAAGCAAGGGAACUUUCUGACGAGGGCACAUUUAGGAUUAAAAUAUUCAAACAAGGUUACCUUUCAGAACCUGAAGUGAUUACCAAUGAAGCCAUCGUUUCCUACGAGGGCGAGCACACAGUUAUAAACUCCGAUUUUGUGAAGGUGGAGCAAGCUGACAUUUUGCCAACAGAAAUGGUGUUCACCAUCAAAGAACCACCGCGCCUCGGUCAUGUUGUCAAACUGACCAACAGCACAGAUGGCACAGAGUCACCAGUCCUCGACUAUAUUCACUCGUUUACCCAAGAAGACAUUGAUCAUGGACGCAUCCUUUAUGUGUCUGCAUCCAUCCAGGGUGUCGACACUUUUACGGUGGACGUCAGCAAUGGUUUUACCACAGUGGAGGACCUGCGUAUUACAGUGAACAUCGUGCCUCGAAUUAUCCCCGUUCAGUCUCUCAAUUUCACCGUGAAGGAAGGCCUCAGCAAAGUCGUCAACGAUGAAGUCAUCACCAUCUUGCAUCCCUUCUACAAAUCCUUCAAUAUUGAAUUUGUCGUGGAUGAGCCGCCAAAGCACGGGGAGAUCCGUUUCCAGGAUGGAGAUGAGCUGACUUAUUUCACAUGGGAAGAGAUAAAACUCGGACAAAUCUACUACGUGCACGACAGCAGCGAAACCACCGAGGACAGCUUCACCAUCUCCGCCGCGGCUUAUGAAAUCGACCGGCGCAGCCUUCCCGUCACCGUCGCAGUAACGGUCUGGCCCGUCAACGAUGAGCCGCCGAAACUGACGCGUAACACCGGGCUGGAGGUCCUAGCUGGAGAGGAGGCCGACAUAACGUCCAGCAUGCUAAAAACCGAGGACGGCGACACACCCGCCGAGGACGUCUAUUACAAUGUGGAGUCACCCAUAAAUGGGAUGGUAGCGUUCAAAGACUUCCCCGAGGAGGCCGCUGUCAAUUUCACGCAGGCCCAAAUUGACAACGGGGAGGUCAUCUUCAUUCAUGAGGGUGAAGAGUCCGGAGGUUUCAGUUUUACUGUAACAGACGGCGAACACACGACCCCGCUCUACAGUUUCGUUGUCACAGCCAGGCCCCUUACCAUCACCAUGGUAACGCAAGAGGAGCUCAUGGUUUUCCCAGGAACGAGGCAGCCCAUCACAAGUGCCAAUUUAGGUGCGGUGACGAACGAGGACGGAAACGAGAUCAGCUACUCACUGGUCCAUCCUCCUCGUUUGGGAAGACUCAUUCUGGCCAACGAAAAUAACCAAAUGGAGGAAAUCAGCAGAUUCUCGCAAACACAGCUUGAGUCUGGAGCCAUCUUCUAUGAGCACCAGAUGCCCGAGGAGCCCUUCUGGGUGGUGAAGGAUUCUGUGGAGCUCAUGCUGUCCUCCCAGCCUGCCCCGGAUGUGCGCCACGUGCUGCCCAUCAUUGUCUCCUACUAUGCAACGCAUAGCAAUAUUUCUUCACAGAUGUGGAAGAACAAAGGUCUGGAAAUCGUGCAAGGCCAAAGGAAAACGAUCGAUGAUUCAAUCCUUGAUGCUUCUAACCUCCAAGCCAGUCUUCCUGAGCCAGAUAGUGCGGACGUUGUCUUUGAGAUGAAAAAAUUCCCUGCCCAUGGACGUAUAACCCUGGGGGGCCGGGACCUUCCCAGGGGUUCCCCCUACUUCACACAGGGGGAUGUGAACAGCAAAGAGCUGGAGUACCUCCACGAUGAUUCCGCAGGCGCCUCCGACAGCUUUUCCUUCAGGGCCCGUUUGAGGUCUCGUGCUGAUGGUGUGACAUCUGACGCCGUUGUCUUGGAGGAGGUCUUUAACAUCUCUAUCAAACGAAGGGGAUCUGAGCCACCCGAGGUCGUCACCAUUGACCAGUUAUUGGAAGUUCUGCAAGGAUCUAUGAUCAUCGUGACCAAGAAGCAUCUGAACACACACGAUGAAGACAGCCCCCCAGAUGAGGUCCACUUCAAGGUGACCAAAGCUCCAAAAAAUGGGCACCUGGUUGACGCCCACACCAUGGAUAUCCUAUCUGAGUUCACCCAAGAGAUGAUAAACAGUGAACAGGUUGCCUUUCACAGUGACGGCAGUCUUUCUGACGGUUUUGUGGAAUUUGUCGUGUCAGACGGAGAACAUCAGACAGAACCACAAACGCUUCACAUUGGAACCUUAGCUCGCACUCUCAUUCUGGACAAAGCACCGGAGAUCAAGGUGAAGCAGGGAGACGACGAAACUCUGGUGACUGAGGAGAUGCUGAGAGCGACCACCGGUGGUCCAGUGGAAGAGGACGUCCUCUACAAGAUUACAAGUGUUCCCAAGUAUGCCGCAGUCAUGGUAGACCGGCAGCCCACGUCAGCCUUCACACAGAAACAGAUCAAAGAAGGAAGAGUUAGCGUCCGCUUUGUGAAGUCCACUUCGCCUCGCGACAGCGUUGCAUUCGUUGCUCGCAGUCGGGCAGCAAAUGUGUCAUCCGUCCUCAACAUCACAGUCCAACCUCUGGCCAAGAUCGCUCAGGAUCCUCUCCUACCCGAAGGCUCUCUUGUUCAACUUGACAGGAAGCUUUUGGAUGCAACGCCUCUGGCGAACAAGACCAGGACCUCCCCUAUGUUCACGGUUAUCCAGCAGCCACAAGGAGCACGAUUUGUCAGGUCUGGCGGUCCUGGUGCGGGCCAGCCGGUGGAGUCGUUCAGCCAGAGGGACCUGGAUGAAGGGCGUGUUGCUGUAGAAAUUCCUAAAGGGUCUCCUAGAUCCCGAGAUGAGGUCGUUCAGGAUGAGGCCCGCUUCUUGCUUAAAGCUCACGGGGUUCCCCCGGCAGAGUGUGUUCUUUCCUUUCAAACUGGCCCCUACAAUGCCUCUGGUGUCUACCCUGCCACUCUCCUGAGAGUCCCCUCAGAGACACCAGCAAAGGACGGUAAGGACAAGCCCAAGGAGGGUGUGUACCCCUUUACAACCUCUGAAAUCCCUCGAUGGAAAGCCAACCAGGACCAACCACACGGCGGCUCUCACAGGAACCCAGUGGUUUCUCGACGCGGCAACGUCUGGUCCAUCCUAAUCCCCAUUCUCGUCAUCCUGAUUCUACUCCUCCUGGCAGCCCUCUUGGCGUACUACCUGAUCCGUAAAAACAAGACGGGCAAGCACAACGUCCAGACGGCGGCUGCAGCCAAGCCGAAAAAUGGCGAGGUAGCUGGCACAGAGACCUUUCGGAAAACCGACCCGGCCAAUAACAUCCCCAUGUCCAACAUGGAUUCCAAAGAGGCCGACCCGGAACUGGUGCAGGAUUGUCGGACGACCACUCCGGUCUUGAAAAAGAACCAGUACUGGGUUUGA